AUGGCUAAAUCCAAACGUUAUAUUAACACAUCAUUACUGCCUGAUGAUAUUCUUUCUUAUACAGAUACAGAAUUCUACAAUGUUGCUAAACGAAUUGUUGGUGACAAUGCAGCACAGCUGCUCGAAAUACAAAGUAUUCGUAGUCCUGAUUCGUUUUUAUUUAUGCCUGAUGUUUUUGCCAUUCUAAAUAUUAAGUGUUCUGCUUUAAAUCUUUUAAAGGAAAAAUUAUGCUUGAAAACAGAUGAUGAUAAAUAUAUUGUUAAACCAGACAUCAAAAGCAUAAUGAAUUAUUUUCGUGAAUUAAUUAUUUGCAAACAAGCUGAAGUUAUGAAAAUUUUAAGUUAUCAGAACAAGCUAUCUACUUCGGUCAUUCCACCUCUUACUACUACCUCAUCGACGAUGAGUGAAAAUUCAUCUUCUCAACAAUAA